CAACACUUUUAUAGAAAAUAACAGUUUCCUGUCACAGUUGUAUAAAUUCACUCCAAGUUCGGCCCCACAAUUAAAAACGCCUAUAUUUUGUCGCUUACCGUGAACCGCUCGAGUGCUGCGCGAGUUGCUUUGAUUACGUGGACAAGUGUUUGCUGCGGCGCGCUCUCGCUGUCUGUUGCUCCGUCUCGCUCUCUCGAUCAUUCGGUUUUUGGUGCAGCUGUAUUGGUGUUGACGUCGACUGCGGCCGACAAUACGCUCCACGCUGCAUAGUAAACGCCAACGCCGUCGUCAAAAUUCCAUCAGUUGUCUUGUGCCCAUCGAUCGUAGCAGUUGUGUCCGUUGCUUUUGCGCCGAUUGCUCUUUGCUCGCCGUGUUUAUAUCCGGGACUAAUUGAGCGGAAUACCCAAGUAAAUAAGCAAAACAAAAGCCAUGUUGAAGUCAAUUGUUUUCUCCUGCCUCCUGUUGGCCUUCAGCGGCGUUCACUGCAGCGAACUGAAAGUGGAUGUGAUCAGCAAACCAGAGAUUUGUGAUCAGAAAACAAAGAGCGGCGAUUCGCUCACCAUGCACUACACUGGCACCCUGCAGGCCGAUGGCAAGAAGUUUGAUUCGAGCUUCGACCGCGACCAGCCCUUCACAUUCCAAUUGGGCGCCGGCCAGGUGAUUAAGGGCUGGGACCAGGGUCUGCUGGACAUGUGCGUGGGCGAGAAGCGUAAGCUGACAAUUCCGCCACAGUUGGGCUAUGGUGAUCAGGGUGCCGGCAAUGUGAUUCCACCGAAGGCCACUCUGGUCUUUGAGGUGGAGCUGAUCAACAUUGGCAACGCGCCGCCGACCACAAAUGUGUUCAAGGAGAUCGACGAGAAUGCCGACAAGCAGCUGAGCCGCGAAGAGGUAAUCGUCUAUGUUAGCGAAUAUCUGAAGAAACAAAUGACUGCUGUGGAGGGACAGGACUCCGAUGAGCUGAAGAACAUGCUGCAGGAGAACGAUAAGCUGGUCGAGGAGAUAUUCCAGCACGAGGACAAGGACAAGAACGGUUACAUCUCGCACGAUGAGUUCUCCGGUCCCAAGCAUGACGAGCUGUAAGGCUGAGGCUAGGACAAGUGCUUAAGUUAUAUCUAUCUAUAACUACCUAUGUAUAAAUAUGACAAACAACAAAAACAACAGCAACAGCGACACGCGACACAUCAACAGACAACAUUAACAACAUAUUCAAAACUAAGAACGAUUCGACUGACGCCCCUUGAAAUCCCCCUCCGCUGAAUAGGGGCGCUUUUAGUGUUCCCCCCCUCUCCCUUUGGCAACAUCAUUCAUAUUUGUAUAUACAUAUAAUACCAUAUACAUAUAUAUUUAUAUAGUAUAUUUGUUUAACAACUCUCUUCCACACUUCGUCGAUUCUGUGACCCGGUUCUUGCACUCUGGGUGAAUGCUCAAAAUACCCUUCUUCUAGGCCGUAGUUUAAAUAGUGUAAGGUACACCAGCAAAAUGAAGGGUAGAAUAUGCGUUAUAUAUCUUUUUUAUAUACAUUUAUAGGUUGUUAUAUUAAAGUUUGUAACUUA